GCCAGCACUGCUAACAUAGCUGACUGGCUCGCAUUGCGGACACAACACAACAGAACCUCCUGCGACAAACAGGUCUUGCAUGAAGUGGUCAUCUUUCCAGAGUUACCAUGGCGAGUCCAGAUGAUCUGAAGUUCCAAGAGUUUGAGGAGGCCACUGACCUGCUGUUAGCAGACCCUGGGGCCUCCACCCUCAGUAUGUCUGGCUCCAGCAGAACGGCCCCGGCCGGUGCCACUGGGGACAUCAAACUGGACAUGUCCGAUGAUGAGGGACAGGAGGAGAGUUCAGAGCUCCUAAGAGGGGAGAAACAAACUAGCGGUUUCUGGACCUUUGAGUACUACCAGUCGUUCUUCAAUGUGGAUACAAUGCAGGUGCUGGACAGGGUCAAGGGGUCGGUGAUGCCUUUACCAGGACGGAACUUCAUCAAACAUACCCUCCAGUCGAGUCCGGAUUUAUAUGGUCCCUUCUGGAUCUGUGUUACGCUGGUGUUCUCUCUGGCCAUCAGUGGUAACCUGUCCACCUUCCUGAAAUCUCUGGGGAGCCCUGAUUACCACUACAGACCCCAGUUCCACAGAGUGACGAUAGCUGCAGUAGUGAUCUUCCUGUAUGCCUGGCUGGUGCCCCUGGGUGUAUGGGGUUUCCUGACCUGGAGGCGGAGGGAGGAGAGGCAGCAGAGUGGUUACUCCUUCCUGGAGACAGUGUGUGUCUAUGGCUACUCCCUCUUCAUCUACAUCCCCACCUCAGUGUUGUGGAUCUUACCAUUCGAAUGGCUCCAAUGGCUGCUGAUCCUGGUCGCCAUGGUGAUCUCUGGGUCGGUCCUGGUGCUCACCUUCUGGCCUGUCGUCCGCGAUGACACCAAGGUGACUGCUUUUGCCACCGUGGCAACAAUCGUCAUUCUCCAUGCGCUGCUAUCAAUUGGCUGCAAGAUGUAUUUCUUCCAGACAGCGACUCGCACACCAGUUCCUACACUCGCACCCAACCACACAGCAGCAAUAUAGACCAACAAGACCCACUGACCAAGAGGAACAUGAGGGAGGGAGAUGUGUCAAAGUUUGAGACCACUGGGGAAUCUGAAAGGACUAGAUAAAAGGUUUAGGCUUUUGUUACCUACUCUGUGAGCAUUGGAAGAGUAGCUAGCUGGCUGACUGCAAAACAGAUGAGUCAAUGGCGAAAUCGUUAACUACAUUGUCGUGUGAGUAGGGCUAUAAGAGUCGAGAGGGAAAUGUUGGAUGAAAUCAGUUUACAGCACCUGUGUGGACGUUUUUUUUUCAGUUCAGUGGGUCACACAUUAUCCAGUCCUUUCAGAUCAGAUAAGGGGACGUAGCUCCUGCAUACUCCGAUGCUCUAACCAAUAAUAAGGAUCCACAGAGGACUGACAAGUGGUCAGAAAGGUACCCAUAACAUUGGAGGUUCUGGAUGUGCUAACCCUACUCUAGUACAUUAUGGACUUAACUGGAUCAGCAGCCCAUUAAAGUACUGUGUAAUUGACUACAAAUGUUAUUACAAAAAGGGACAAGGAUAGAGGCCUAUGAGUAUUAACAAAUUAUGGGUUAUGAGGAUUGCAUUGGGGGGAAAUGUUUUGCUUCUGCAC